CACUUAGGCGUAACGGGACAAUGAGCCGGUGGCCGGGCCAAGUCAGUCCUAGAGCCAGGCGGCUUCCCUGCAUCCUUGCCGCGGGGACGCCCAGCCCUCCGGCCCUUGCCUUCCCAAGUUCCGGCAUGCAGAAGGCGUCCUCGGUCCCCCUGCACAGCAGUCACCAGGCAGUGGAAGAUCAGCUAAAGAUAUGUGGCUACAGGAGGGACGCUGAUGUCUUUGAGCUCUUCCUUUCUCAAAAGGACUUGACAGAGGUCAUUGAUCUUUCCAGGUUUAAAAAUUUAAAAUACUUAUGGCUUCAUCACAACAAGCUCCACGGGAUAGCGUUUCUCACUAGAAACUAUUGUCUGACAGAGCUAUAUCUGAACAACAAUGCCAUCUUUGAGAUAGAAGGUUUGCACCACUUGCCCUCAUUGCAAGUUCUCUUGCUUCAACACAAUGAAUUAACCAAGCUUGAGGCCACCGUGAAGGAGCUCAAGGGGAUGAUCCACCUGAAGAUCCUAAGUCUAUACCAAAACCCUCUGUGUCAAUAUAACCUGUACCGUUUGUACGUCAUAUACCAUCUUCCAAGGGUGGAACUGCUGGACCGAAAACAUGUCACAGAAAAAGAAAGAAGGUCCAUGAUUACCAUCUUUGACCACAGAAAGGCUCAUGUCAUUCAAUCAAUAGCAUUUAGAGGGAAAGUCGAUACCUCGUGGAACCCUAACCGACCCUUCAAGCAGAAGAGAACCCGGCGGCUACCUUCAGAUUUUGCAUUUGCUGAUAACGUGGACAAAACCGUGUUUGAGGACCCUGAAGACGCUGUGUUUGUGAGGGGUUUGAAGCGGUCGGUCAUGACUCUGAGCUCGAUGAACUGGGACACGGUUCCAACGCGAGAGGAGAAGUACCUGCAGGAGAAGCGCCCGGAGUCUGCCCGGAUGCUCUCCCUGACUCUAAGAUGAGCCCGGGCCUCAGCUGGCUGCCCGUCUCCUACUGCAUCCUGGGGAACCUUCCCAAAGAUAAAAAGGAACUCCUAUAUAUCUGUGUUUAAAUUUUUUCCAA